AUGAGCGAGGAUAUACUUUACAAGAGACGAAGGCUUUUGGGUCACGAAAAUCUAGAACUGGAUGAUGAGAUCCUUGAGCAGUACACGUUGAUCGAAGUGGAAAAGUUGAUGCGCAUGAUUGAACGCUCGCUAAAUGAUAUUAAGGAGAUGCCGAAGAUCAAACCUGCUUUGCUAAAAGAAUUGGGGAGCAGUUUGUGGAACCAAAAAAUGGAUUACGAUGUUACUGACGAAACACAAAGACAUGACAGGCGGUACAGCUUACUUAAUGCUGAGCAACGUGCAAUUUAUGAAUCAGUCUUAGACUAUGUUGAUAAAAAGGAUGGAAAGAAGAUCGUUUUGCCGGUUGCCUCUUCAGGUAUAGCUGCAUUGCUCCUGCCUAACAGGAGAACAGCUCAUUCUCGCUUUAAUAUUCCUUUAAAGCUCUCUGAAGAUAAGCUCUGCAACAUCAAACCAGGUAAAAUGCUGGCCGAACUAAUCGAGAAAACGGACCUCAUAACUUGGGAUGAGGCACCUAUGACUCAUAAGCAUGCUUUCGAAGCACUAGACAGAACGUUGAAGGACAUAAUGUCUAAGAAAAAUCCACCCGCAAAGGAUCAGACUUUUGGCGGCAAGACAGUUUUGUUAGGUGGUGAUUUUAGACAGAUCUUGCCAGUAAUUCCACAAGGGAAUAGAGCUGAUACUGUCAUAGCUUCAAUAAGUCAUUCAUAUCUAUGGGAUAGCUGCCACAAGUUCUCUUUGAAAACAAAUAUGCGAGUCAAUCAAGACGAGAAGGAGUUCUCCGAGUGGCUUCUCAAAGUUGGGGAAGGUCGCACACAAUCAGUACAAGAAGAUGAGGAUGAUGGCUAUCAUGAACAGAUGAUAAUUGUCGACAACUCACUGGUUCGAGAGAUUAAGGAUGACUCUUUAAAACAAGUUGUUGAUGCCGCAUAUGGAGAAGUCAACAAGAUAAAGGCCUCCCAAAGCUCCUACAUUGAUAGAGCUAUACUCACACCUACAUUGAUAGAGCUAUACUCACACCUCAAUGAAACAGUCGAUGAGAUCAAUGCAUACACAAUCUCCAAAACUGACGGGAAGUCAAGAGACUACUACAGUUACGAUAGCUUUGAGAUUUCAGACACUCAAUCUGAUCAAAACGAUACAUUAUACGCGAUUGAGUAUCUCAAUUCCUUGGAGUUUCCAGGAUUGCCUUCUCAUAAGCUCACUCUCAAAGUUGGGGCCCCGAUUAUGCUUCUGCGAAACAUAAAUCAGAGAAAAGAAUUAUGUAAUGGUACCCGUAUGAUCCUAACCUACAUAGGCGAACGAGUGCUUAAGGCAGAAAUAAUCACUGGCUCACACAUUGGAAAUGAAGUAUUGAUACCAAGGAUUGUACUCUUGCAUGAUGAAAUAAAGCUACCGUUCACUUUACGUCGAUGA